UGUGUCAACCAGCGCAGAUCACGUGAUUGAUGACGUAUGACGCGCCAAAUGCAUCACUCACCUGAACCAGGUUUCAGAUCUCAGGUGUGUUUGAUCAGAAGGGCGCGCUGUUGUCUAUAAAUACAGAUGAAUCCCAAACAACGUUUCCCGACCAGUUCUGUUGUUUCCCGUGUAUCGUAAGAAUCAACGUCAUGGCACCCGGUAAAAAACGUUCUGUGGCUUGGGAUCAUUUCAACUUGAUUUCUCCAAAUAAGGUGCAAUGUUUGAUUUGCAAACAUGAAUUUGCAUUUAAUGAUAGUACAUCCUCCAUGAUGCGACAUCUCCGCUCCGUUCAUCAUGUUGAAACUCCGCAGUCGGCAAAUCAAGCCUUCAAUCCACCUUGUAUUGUGUCAAGAAAGCAAGAACUUGAUUCUGCAUUGGUGGAUAUGAUUGUAAUGGAUGCACAACCAUUUUAAAUUGUUGAAGACAAAGGCUUCAAGGCUUUUGUCAACCUUUUGGACCCAUCCUACAUAAUUCCUAAUAGGAAGGCCUUGAGGACAAUGGUGGAGGAGAAGUACAAAGCCAAAAAGGAGAAGGCUUUAGAUGUGGUUAGCAGGGCCUCUGCUGUCAGCCUUACAGCAGACAUGUGGACAUCCAUUAACAUGGACGCUUACUUGGCUGUAACAUGCCAUUUUAUCACCGAGGAGGUGGAGCUGGCCUCUGUGGUCUUGGGGGUUCUGAAGUUUCCCCAAACCCACACUGCAGCUCACUUGGCUGAGGCCAAAAAUCUUCUCAUGGAAGAAUGGGGAAUUAAAGGGAAGGUGACAGGCCUGGUUACAGACUGUGCUCCCAACAUGGUUGCAUGUGCUAAUAUAUUACUGCUUCGGCACAUAAUGUGUUUUGCACAUAUGCUUAAUUUGGUGGUGAAAAAGUCCCUUGCCCAAACCCCUGAACUAGAGGAUAUCCGAAGUAAGGGGCGUAGGAUUGUCGGUCUUUUUAAAUCCAGCACCACAGCGAAGGAGAAGCUGUCAGAGAUGCAGCGACAGCUGGCCAGGCCAGAGCACAAAUUAAUACAAGAGGUGGAAACAAGAUGGAACAGCACAUUUAAUAUGUUGGAAAGGUUGUUUAAGGAGAGAGAGCCACUGGGGGCAGCUCUGGCCACCCUCCAUACAGACCUUCCUCCACUCACCUCAGAGGACUACCAGGCCAUACACCACUGCUUGAGCAUUCUUUCACCGUUUCAAGAGGCCACAGUUGAGCUUUCGACAGAAAAACGAGUGUCAGCAUCCAAAGUCAUUCCCAUGGUCAAAAUGCUGAAACAUUACAUCUCAAGCAGGUGUGGUCAGAUCACACACCCACUUGGUGAAAAACUGGCCACUAACUUGAAGAACAAUCUCCAUGAGAGGUUUUCAGCUCUGGAGAAGGUCACUGCUCUGUCAAUGGCAACCUUGUUGGACCCAAGGUUUAAAGAGCUGGGGUUCUGCAGCCAAGGCUCUGCCCACACGGCCAUAGAGCGACUCACUAAAGAGUGUGCUGCAACAAUGCAGGCGCUACUUCCAGAGGCACAGCCACAGUCGCCACCUAGAGAAAGUCCUUCAAGUCAGCAGGAAGAUGGUGGUCUCUGGGCCCUGCUGGACAGCCAUGUGGGGGUUCAACAGCAGGUGACCAGCACAACUGCCAGUGCAACAGUGGAGGUUCAGAGGUACUUAAAGGAACCUCACAUCCCAAGGACUCAGGACCCACUGAGAUACUGGGUUACCCACAAGGUUUUAUACCCACAUCUCUACAAGCUGGCAAUGAAGUUUUUAUGCACACCAGCUUCAUCUGUGCCUUGUGAGAGGAUCUUCUCCAAGGCUGGCGAAAUCGUCAGCCAAAGACGAAACAGGCUGAAGCCCAGCACAGUGGAGAAAAUUCUGUUUUUAAAUAAAAAUCUAUAACAUGUAUCCCACCCAGUCAUGUUAGACCCUGGUUCACAAUCACUCAUUCUCACUUUAUACAUGGCAUUCACAAUGUAACACAAGCACUUCUCACAAAUCUUCAAACAUUGUCUUUGUUUUAUUUCCACACUGAAGUGUUACAAGGGCAAGGAACUUAGUGGAGUAGAUGAUAUAUGUCCUGUCUGCCACCAGAUGCCGCUGUUCUGUGUGGUUUCGAAGCCCCAAAUGCUUCAUUCAUUUUUCUGGCACAUUUACACGAAGCCCCAUGAGAGCUUCAUGGGGCUUCGAUUCCCAUCCCUAAUCAAAACU